AUGCACAGGCAUGAAACUCCUCAGGUUGAAAUAUCAAAUGCACAUGAUAACAGCGUUUGGGAUCUUGCAUGGCAUCCUAUUGGAUAUAUUCUUUGCAGUGGUAGCAAUGAUCACACGACAAAGUUCUGGUGCAGAAAUAGGCCUGGAGAUCCAGCUCGUGAUAAAUUCAUCGUAGGCCAAAGCCAAGGUUUUGGUGAGCAAAAUUCUGCUCUUGCCGCUCGCAUGCCUGGUAAUUUCCCUGGGCCCGAGGCCCCAACAACUCCAGGACCAUUUGCUGCUGGGUUAACAAGAAAUGAGGGAACCAUUCCAGGGGUUGGAGUUGCAAUGCCAUUUUCUAUUCCAUCUCUUGAUUCAUCAGCCCAUGGAGAACAGAAGCCAUCUGUUUCAGUAUCAAUGCCUUUAGGAGCUCCUCCUCUCCCGCCUGGUCCACAUCCGUCUCUUCUUGCAGCUAAUCAGCAGCAAGCAUAUCAACAAACUGCUCAGCAUGUCCAGCAGCAACACCAAGGACUACCCCAGCAAAUGAUGUCUUUGCCUUUGCCACCACCGAAUUUGCCACAGCUGCAGCCCCCAUCCCAUUUACCUCUCCUACCACAUCCUCAUUUACGCCCUCCACACCAGUUGCCACCACUUAAUAUGCCUUCAAACACCCCGUCUUCGAUGCCAGGAUCUUUGCCCAUUCCAUCAAUGCCCUCUUCGAUGCCAAUGCAGAUGCCUGGUCCAAUGGGUAUGCAAGGUACAAUAAAUCACAUGGUUCCUCCACUACAGCAAGGCCAUUUCAUGGGCAUGAAUCCCAUCCACUCAGGAUCUGUAUCACAGGGAGGAAUUCCAAACGGGUUGCCUAAUAUGCAGGGCCCUUCAAAUGCAGGUGGUGCCCAAAUGUAUCAACCAGGGAGUGCAUUCAACAGGCCACAAGCUGGGCAGAUGCCACCGAUGCUGGGGCUCAAUCCCUACCAGUCUGGUAAUCCGAAUGCUGCAGGCAUGGGAACAUUGCAAACAAAUUUUGGUAUGCCGUCUGGUAUGCAUCCGCCGCUGCCUCCAGGUCCCCCACCACAUGGCCAAACACCUCAGUAG